AUGGGACACUUUACGCGACAAGGCAGCCUAUUGGCGUUAGUGCUAUGCUUGAUAUUCAACACAAAGCAUCUGGCUGUGCACGGCGAUGCCUCACACAUUGAAUCCGCGGCCUUGCCACUGGAACACAGAUCUGGUUAUGGACCUCCUGCGCCCUCACCCAUUUACGGUGCGCCGCAGGGUCCGCUGAGUACCGGAGCCACAAAUGAUCUGUCCGAGGAGGCCUGGCCGCUGGCGACAACGAACGACAGCCCACAGAUCAAACAUCUGCAGGUGCAGUGCGAGAAGACGCACAUGCGGGUGAACAUUGAGUUCGACAGACCCUUCUACGGCAUGAUCUUCUCGAAGGGUUUCUACAGCGAUCCCCACUGUGUACAUCUGAAACCGGGCACUGGUCAUCUGAGCGCCACAUUCGAGAUCUUCUUGAAUAGCUGCGGCAUGACCAGCUCAGCAAAUCACAAUGCUGCCGGCUAUGGAGCGCCCACACCAUCGGGCAGCUAUGUGGAGAACACAAUUAUCAUUCAGUAUGAUCCCUAUGUGCAGGAGGUGUGGGAUCAGGCCCGUAAAUUGCGCUGCACUUGGUACGAUUUCUAUGAGAAGGCCGUCACCUUCAGACCCUUCCAGGUGGAUAUGCUGCAUGCGGUUACGGCUAACUUCUUGGGCGACAAUCUGCAGUGUUGGAUGCAAAUUCAAGUGGGCAAGGGUCCGUGGGCAUCUGAGGUCUCAGGUAUUGUGAAGAUCGGACAGACAAUGACGAUGGUGCUGGCCAUUAAGGAUGAUGAGAAUAAGUUCGAUAUGUUGGUACGUAAUUGUGUGGCCCACGAUGGCAAGCGUGCUCCAAUUCAGCUGGUGGAUCAAAAUGGCUGUGUUGUCCGACCGAAGAUCAUGAGCAAGUUCCAGAAGAUCAAGAACUUUGGACCGUCCGCAUCGGUGGUUAGCUUCGCAUAUUUCCAGGCCUUUAAGUUCCCCGACUCGAUGAACGUGCACUUCCAGUGCGUCAUUCAGGUCUGCCGCUAUAACUGUCCCGAACCCAAGUGCGGUCCAGGCCUGCCCGGCGGCGAGUAUGGUUUGCCCCAGAUUGGUGGAAAUGCGCUCUCCGAGGAAUAUGGCCCACCAGAGGCUUACGAACGCAACGACUUUGCGCUGGGCGGUUUGCCACCGGCAGCAUAUCCAGAUCCGCGUCAUCCCGCCUCCGAUGCUACGGGCGCCUACUCCGAGAACCAACCCGAUGUUGUGCCCUCACCGCAAGCGCAAACCUCAGCGGUGACUACUGCCGAGUCGGGUGCUGCCUCCGGUCCGGCCAGCUCGCAGUCUCCUCCACAAGUGUCGAGCAACGAAUUGGGUCUGCCGCCACCACCACUGCCCGGCCAGCCUGGCCAGUACAGCACUGUGAAGCGUAAGGAUGAUCUCAGUGCGGGCGGCAAUCUCGUCUCAUUGGGAGGCCGUCCACGCUCGGUUGAGGGUUUGGACGAUCUGCGCGGUGUGCGCCGACGUCGCGACACCAUCGAUAUUGUGGUAAAGCCACAGCGCAUCUACAAGCGAAAUGCCCAGGAGAUGACCGAUGUGAAUACGAGUCGUACCAUUCAGGUGGUGGCUCCCGGCGAUGUCAACUUUGCGUUGAACAGCAAUGCCAGUAAUGAGACUGUUGUCAUUCAAUCGGCGCGCUCUGCCGACGCUGAGACCAUUUGUAUGUCGGUGCCGAGCUUUGUGGGCGGUUUGGUGAUGCUGCUGCUCGUCUUGGCUGUAGCCUCUCUAGUCGCCGCCUUCCUCUUUGUCCGCGUCCGCCACUUCGAUCGCAAGGGGGCGGGUAUGGCGUAUCACAAUUGA